UGCCAGCAAACAAAUGAUUCCUGCCUGGAACACAUGCCCUCCGAGUUGGUCACUAGAAUACCAUGGCUACCUCAUGUCGUCGCACGAGCUCCACAAGGGUCGGUCAAACUUCGUGUGCGUGGAUGAGGAUCCAGAGGUGAAUUUGUCGGGAGAUGGAAACGAGGACGGAGGUCUGUGGUACCCCGUGGAGGCUAAAUGCGGAUCACUGCCAUGUCCAAACUACGUGAAUGGACGGGAGAUCACCUGUGCUGUCUGCACUAAGUAGUGCACAUAUUUCACUCACUGUAUCAUUCGUAACUCGGCUUGACGAUCUGGAUUAAUACGUACC